UAACGCAGUAGAAUUUGAUGCUAAAUCUUGAGAAUGGAACUUCUUACUGUGUAAUGUUCUCAAUCAUCAUACAAAUGCUUACAUUCAAAUCUGUUACUAUGCUGUCAUCCUCAUAAGAAUAAAAGCGAAUUUAAUAUCUAUCGUCGUAAUGACGUCAUAGCAAUCUCUGCUACGAUUUGAAAUUAAUUUGACCUUUACUCCAUAACAAAGGUUUGCGUCAUCCAAAAUGGUUAUUAGUAUUCUUACAUUUAUUUUGAACCUUAUAUAAAAAGAGACGUUUCAUUCACAUUUGCAGAAAAUAAGCAAAAUGCGAUUUGCUCCAAAAUCUGAUCAUGGACCAGUCGUAAGGUGUGCGGUGGCCCUCAAAAGUAAUAAACAAACUCAUAAAUGUUUACCUUGUCGAUGUUAUCUGAGAUUUUCUUUUGGACAGCAUUAGAUACAAUAGAGCUUACCAAUAAAACUAAACAGCCCGGGUUGUUGUUAUUCGCUUAUUUCGAAAAAAAGGCCAGCAUUAUAUCAUUUGACUUUUUAACAUCUUUGUUGAAUUCUUAUCGUUCUUUGAACAUUAUGAUAAAAAAAUUAACAAUUUUGUAUCAUUUGAUAGUACACGAAUACUAGUAAACGUAUGAUGUAUACUUAUGACUAUCAUUAUGUUUAAUUAUACGUGGAUUUAUUGCCUUUUUGUCUAAAUCAUUUUCAGAAAUAUAGUAUGUUUCGCUCGAAAGAUAUCAUUAAAAAAUGAUUAAAGACGUAUCAAAUAGCUUUUUGAAUAAAACAACAUACAGGGAUUGGUAGAGAACCCAUCAAUAAUACCCAAGUCCUUUGGAAGCGCAUAUAGAGACAUUAUUCAUAAUGUGAUAUGCGCUAUACAAGAACUGCAUAGGAGUAUCGAUAAUUAGCAGGAAGUAGACUAUACAGUGUCUUUUUUAAGUUUAUAAUCAUCAAUACGGAUAAUAAAAUGAAAUAGAAUAUUACUACACUCACGAAAUACAGGAAAGGCAUGCAUGAAAGGAAAAUGACAAAGACACUUCUACACGACGAAACAAUAAAAAAUAAAUCAGUUGGAUGUCACCAUGUAACUAAUACACCCCAUUUUUAUGCUGAUGAUGGCAAAUUGUCUUGAAACAUAAAUGACUGCUCUCUGUUUUGGUUGUUUCUUUUUUGCAGGUUGCGAAGGCAGAAGCUGUACUUUACCGAAUGUGGAACAUCUUAUACGACAGGAAACACAAACAAAAACACGAACACAAACACGAACAAAAACACAAACAUAAGCACAAACAUAAAAACAAAAUUGAUGAGGAGAGUGACGUCGAAUCAUCGAAUGCUGAACUAAAGACACUUGAGAAAGAAUUCUACGGCCUUAUUCCUCAUCAUGCCUAUAAGCCACUCGUAUUACUCAGCAGAGUCGCAACGAAGUUGGACUUAUGUCAGAUGAUUCGUGACGUUGUAUACAUUAAUGAGGAGACUGGGUGGCAGAAACGACCAACCCAAAUAGCCAAGUACCGAGCACUCCGUUGUUACAUCCAACAUUUACCAUCAAAUCAUCCAGAGUAUGAGAAGAUCAGACGUCUCGUCUUGUCGACGAUGCCUGGAGGAAUGAAGUUGAAUACACUGAGGAUUUUCGCAGUAAGUAGACCACCGGAAGAAGAAGGUUACUGCCAUGACAUCGGUAAUGACACUCUGCUCUUCCAUGCCACCAAACCAAACAACGUACUUGGCAUCUUAUCCAGGGGUCUUCUUAUGCCAAAGGUUGUGGUGGAGAUGUUUAACGGACAACGCCGUGACGAAGGACUGCUUGGCCCGGGUCUUUAUUUUGGUGAUCGGAUAAGCACAUGCAUUCAGUACACAAAGAACGGAUUCUUCUCCAAGACGAGGAUGAUACUUGUCCUCAAAGUCGCUCUGGGUGCCACUGAAGACUAUUACGAAUUUAACACCAAACUACAGCAAGCACCAGAUGGUUUUAAUAGCACUCAUGGUGUUCGAGCUUCAGACGGCAGGCCCUCAGAGUUUACGGAGGACGAGUUUGUUGUUUAUUCUACCAAACAACAAUGCAUUCGUUACCUGGUCGAGUUCAGCUUCGAUGGCGACGACGAUCUGGUCGAUGGAUACGACUACGAUGAGGAUGACGUCAAAGACGACGAGAUGGAAGAAGAAAAAGAAACCCUUGAUAAAAUCGAUUUGGCCGACGUACAGUGCUGUCAAGAUCCAGUCAGUAGAACAGCCACUGGUCUUGUUGUGGAUAACAGUAGAGAGGGCGUCCUACUUGAACAGGUUCAUGUCAGAGGCCACAUCACUGAUCUUGCAGCAAAGAUCACAGUCCUGCAAGUUUACCAGAACACUGUUGGAGGGACAGACGUUCCGGAAGCUCGCUAUGUGUUUCCUCUGGAUGAAAAGGCAGCAGUGUGUGGCUUUGAAGCGUUCAUCAAUGACAGGCAUGUAGUGGGUACGGUGAAGACCAAAGAGAAGGCAAAGGAGGAAUACCAGGAAGCCGUCCGUGAGGGCCAUGGGGCCUAUCUGAUGCAAGAAGAAGCUUCGAACGUUUUCUCAGUCAGCAUCGGUAACCUCCCUCCGUAUGCAAAAGUGGUGAUCAAGAUUACCUACGUCACCGAACUGGUAGAAGAGGAUGGGGGCAAGAUGGCGUUCUAUCUUCUCGGUAGUGUUGCUCCUUGGUUGCAGGAGGAAAUUCGUGGCACAAAGCUUACGGAGGAAGCUCAAGCUCUGGUGGGAGUUCCAUCAAAUGAGACCGAUAGGAAAGAGUCUCUUCAGCUUACAGUCGAGAUGCCGUCGGAUAUUUCAACAGUUCAAUCUCCGACGCAUGCGAUUAAACUAAAGAGGGAGAAAAUGAAGGCUACCGUCACUUUGGGAGAUGGCGUGGGUCUUGGAGAUGGUUUCCAACUGCUUAUCGGCAUCCUCAAUGCUAACAAACCAAGAAUCUGGACUGAGUUUGAUCCAUCAAAUAAUUCAUAUGCUAGUAUGGCGGUCUUCUAUCCGACGAUUCAGUCCGAUUCGAUUCCUGACCCGGAAGUUGUUCUCUUGAUGGACUGUUCAACAUCGAUGAAAGGGGAACCCAAACAGGACGCAAAGAAGAUUUGCAAAAUGCUUCUUCAGUCAUUACCAAAGAAGAGCCGUUUCAAUGUCAUCACCUUUGGCACAGAUUUCAUUGAGCUGUUUCCAACUGUCGAACCAACUGGCCAGCAGCAGCUCCAUCAAGCCUUUGAGUUCAUCGAAUCUGCAAAAUCCAUUGGAGGCAGCUCUGAAGGGUGGCGCCCUCUACGUUCCCUCUCCCUUCUUCCAAUGAUGAAGUCCGUUCGAAACGUAUUACUUGUAUCUGACGGUCACCUCACCAACGAGAAGCUGAUUUUGGAAAUUGCCUCCAAUUACAAGAACGUUAACAGGAUAUUCACUUGUGGUGUAGGUUCUGCUGGGAACCGUCACAUUCUUCGUGCUCUGGCAGAUGUCAGCGGUGGUGCAUUCGAAUCCUUCAAUCCUAAGGCGAAAUCCAAGUGGGAAGGAAAGAUUUCUGCCCAAAUUGACCGUUGUCGUCAGCCGUCUGUCAGUUGCGUAAACGCAAAAUGGCGGACAGAAGAGAACGCGGACGGCAGCAUGAAACUCAAGGAUUUGAUUCAGGUGCCAGCUCAGACGUCUUCAGUCUUUACAGGAUCGAAGGUUCUUCUCUACUCACUUGGACCAAAAGUGCAAGAGGUUCAACUGAAUGUGGAAAUAGCUGGUAAAUCUGUUGAAGAAUCACUCAAAUCACCAAUCGAGUUUGAAGGAUCAUCUUUGACUCUACAUCGUCUAGCAGGAAGAGCACUAGUUCGUGAUUAUGAGUUUGGGUCGUUUCACCAAGACCACGCCCUUCAUGAGACCCGGAUGUAUGACCUCACGAAAUAUCUUACUGACCUCAGUAUCCGGUUAUCAAUCAUCACACCGCUCACAAGCUUCAUAGCAAUCGAAAAACGGGAUAGAAAAACCAAAAUAAAAACUGCAUCACCAGAUGUUGAUAAAUUACUGUCUAUGAUCACCCGUGACGAUCUGGAAUCAUUGCAUUGGACUGAAGUUAUCUUGGAACAAGAGGGACCGGCAGAGAGCAUUGUUACAAAAAUUCUGAGACAGGCCAAGAUUGCUCAAUCCAACUUCUCUUAUGCAUCAGCCGAGAAGUACUACAACAGCGCCUUGAACAUGGCUAAAGAAAACAUGACAAGCAUGCAGGGUCUCUUCAAAACAUGUUGCUUGGAACUGUCGAAGUUCACAAUGAGGGUUAAAGGCGAUGCAGAGAAGGCAUUGCAAUGGAUUCAGCCAGUCGUUACACAUGUGACUGAGCAAGUGGAAGAGGAAGGGGAAGAUCAAGCACUUGAUACAACUGCCCGGGAGUAUUCUCAGUUACUCCAAAACAAGGUGCGCCAAGGCCCGGCUGAAAAAGAUGUCAUUUCUCGUGCUACAGGAUAUGUCCAGAGAGGUCCAACUGCAGUCAGGCCUAUAAGUCUAGCCAAAAAGGAAAUUAGAAAAGCAGUUAAAUACCAAUCGAGAAGGACAUUUCCUUUCUCUUCGUUCUUGAAGCCAAAGAAGAAGGAAAAGAAGAAAAUGGAACCAAUAUCGUUCGCAAUGCAUUCCGCCGCACCUGCUGAGAGGAGGCAAUUUCGUGGUGGUGUGGUGAGUAUGUCGAGUAAACCUAAAGAAGAGAGAGCAUUGGACCAAAGGGAAACCGAACUAGUAGAUGAUGAUAACAGGGCUACUACACUGGAUCAAGCAACUCUAGAUGAACUCAGGAGGCAAGCUACCCGACUUGAAGAACAGCUAAAAAAAGAAGACUCACUUCUAGCGUCGGUCAAAGUGUUUAAAAAGAAGAAAUCGUUGGGAAGAAGUUCAUUGUUUGGAUGGGGGAAAGGAAAAAGCAAACGGGAAAAGACAGUAGUAAAGAGUAAGGGUGCGACUAUUUCUAUUGGUAGUGGUGAAAAAAAAUACGAAGAGCGGGAAGAAGCUGCUAGAUAUCUACCAUCUGCACGCUUGAUGAAGUUUGCUGAGUCGGAUAAGAAGGUAUGUGAUUCAACUGCAGAGUCUCGCCGGCCUUCACCCCCGGCCAUGGAUGCGGAUGAGGAUCGAUCAUUAGAAGCAUCUAAAGAUUCUUUACAUGAGAAGGAAGGGGAAGAUGAAACAACUUAUGCAUUAUCAGCCGAGUACAGCCCGCCAUCAUCACCAGCAUUAGCUAGGGCACGACCGAUUGAGGUACUGUCACAGGGGAGUCCGGAAACAUCUGACGACGAAUUUCAGCAAAUGUACAGUCUACUGUCAGCAUCAACUAAAUCACGGUCACUAUCUUCGACGCCGUCACCACCAGAAGUUUAUCUGAAGUAUGGGCCAGCCCGUCCGGAGUCUCCACCAUCUCCACCGCUGGUACUAGGAGCGGAAGCUCCAUUGCCAUCACCAUCAGGACCACCACAACCUCCUCCAGUGCCUCCUACUUCUGGUUCCGUAUUGACACGUAAGAUGCUGGGAGUGACACGUAGGAUGCUGGGAGUGUCACCUCCUCCACCAUUGCCAUCCCGCUCAAUGCCCCUCUUCUCUUCUGCAUCCUCCUCCGGAUGCAGGCCCACCAAUGCCGGGAGUGUCACCUCCCCUGCUCCACCAUUGCCACCUCCUUCAGCAGGCCUGCCAACAAGUAGGAGGAUGCCGGUAGUGCCACCUCCUCCUCCUCCACCAUUGCCACCCCGCUCAAUGCCCUCUUCUCUUCUGCAUUCUCCUCUGGAUGCAGCCCCACCAAUGCCGGGAGUGUCCCCUCCUCCUCCACCAACGCCACCUCCUCCAGCAGGCCUGCCAACAAGUAGGAGGAUGCCGGUAGUGCCACAUCCGCCGACUGCCCCUCGAUUCCAGCCUCGCUCAAAGUCAUCUUCUCGCUUUGACAGUACUGAUUUGAAAUCGAAGGAUAAAUCUGUCGCAGACCAAGAUAUGAUGUUCGAUUUAACACUUCUUAGUACUAUUACCCCAAUCAUGGAUGGUGAUGAUGAUGAUGAGGAUGAUAUCAUAUGGGAAGAUGGUGAACUAAUGGAACCAAAGAAGACUUGCAAAUCACCAAUCAUAUUUAAAGAGUCAAAGAGGACAGUUUCGGAUUUCAACCACGUGAUGUCUUUACAAAAUAAGGAUGGUAUGUGGUCAUGGGAGGCUCAUGGACACCUAAUAGAUGACUUGUUUGUGAUCGAUUUUCAGGAUAUAUAUGCAUUCUGUUGCCAACUUCCGAUUCUACCGUACGUGCGUCAAAAUCUUCGCUCCAUCCUUCUCACCCUCCUCCUGCUCAUCUAUCUGGAAGAUGUUCUUCCGGAGGUUCUACCAAAUUUGGAAGACACCUCUCCAUCUAAUCAGGAUGCCAAUGGUAAAUUUGUGAACUACACGGAAUGCACAGAGCGCGCGGAAGAAUGGUUGAAACGCCGGGAAACAGAUCAGCUACUAUCUCUUAAGACGUUGCUAUACAAUAAUCUUGGAUAGAUAAGUUAAUGAUAAAAAAAGAGGCAUUUGGCGUUGUUUUCGAUCAAUUAUUUUCAGACUUUAUGAUCGUUGCAAGAAACUGACAUCCAAUAUCAAAUCAAUUGCAAUCAAGUCCCACAAUCAAGCAUAAUUCUUUUGAUUAAAUAAAUUAAUGAAUUAAGUAAAUUUGUAGUUGGUUUAUAUUGCAACUCUACAUUCUCGUUACAACCCAUCGAGUUAGAUGUUGGGUCUUGAAUAUAAGUUUCUUCUAGGGCCCCAUAUUGUGAUAGGUGAAUAGACAGACGUCCAAGUGAUUUCGGUGAGUUAUCGAUCUGCCUAGCCAUGAUAUGUUUCCGUGAAGGGCAGAGUUUACGAAUUUAAAACGUCGAGAUUACAAUACUUCUUUAGAGGACGAUUACCAGAAAGAUAACCACCAUUUCUUUUCGAGAUUAUAGUUUACAUGGUGCUACCACAAACCUUAUCAUCCAGUCAUCGAUCUAUUUUGUUAUUAGGAUGCUCCAAACUGAAGAUAUUUAUAUUUCCAUAAAUAGAGUAAAAUUCACAAAUCGAAAUCCUGAAAAUUUGAUUAAAAUCGA